CGAACAGAUGUGUCCUCUGCCAAAAGCCACCAUGCAACUUAUAAAUAAAUUUUUAUUUUCCAGUCACAUUUACCACAUUUUCUUAUUUAAACACACCAUAUUUUUACUGAGUUGAGAAUAUGGCUAGGGAGGAGGCUGAGCAAGGCGGAUGGGGGGCGGGGUCGGUGGUGGCGUUGCUUGUUGUAGCAAUGCUUCUACUCCUCCUGCCACUCGGGAUGGCGCCCGGCCCGGUCCAGCCACCUUCGUUUUCGCUGCUCUUCGUCUUCCCUCUCUUCCUGGCCGCCAUUCUCUUCUUCCUCUUCCUAGCCUCCCAGACAGAUUAGAUUAGAUUUCAAUUUUCUCCCAUUGCAAUGUAAUGAAUGAUGAUGUUUAAGUA